AUGGACCAGCCGGACGGAUACCUGGAUGCAACACAGCCGGACUAUGUGUGCAAGCUAAAGAGAUCACUCUACGGCUUGAAGCAAUCGCCUCGCAUGUGGAACCAAACAAUCGAUGGGUUCAUGAUCAAGAUGGGAUUCAAGAAGUGCGAAUCGGACCACUGCAUCUACAUCAAGCGAGACGACCAAGACAUGAUUCUCGUGGUGCUCUACGUCGAUGAUCUCAUCCUGGCCAGCAGCAACAACGAACUCCUCAAGUCAACCAAGAUGGCGCUGAGCAAACGCUUCGAAAUGACGGAUCUCGGUGAGCUCGAUUACUUUCUCGGCAUGGAGAUCAAGAACGACCGUAAGACGGGAAUGGUGACUGUACAACAAACCAAGUUUCUCAAGUCCGUGUUAACCAAGUUCGGAAUGGAUAACAGCAAGCCAGUGAAGACGCCUCAAGAUCCCGGCCUGAAGCUAACCAAGAACAUGUGUGAACAAGAAUGCAAGCACGAAGACACCAUGUGCAACGUGCCAUAUCGAAGUGCUGUCGGAGGCAUCAUGUAUCUCAUGGUCGCCACACGUCCGGAUCUAGCUGCUGCAGUGGGAUCAUUAUCCCAGUUCUCGUCCGACCCAUGCCCGACUCACUGGCAAGCUUUGAAGCGUGUGCUGAGAUACCUGCAAGCAACGCCCAAUCAUGGUCUUGAGUUUACACGUGAAGAAGGAAGCCGUAUCUGCGGGUACACCGACGCAGACUGGGCCGGCGACGUUGAGUCAAGACGAAGUACAAGCGGCUAUGUGUUCAUGAUGAGCGGAGGAUGCAUCAGCUGGAAAAGCCAGAAACAACGGACGGUCGCGCUAUCUUCAACAGAAGCAGAAUACAUGGCGCUUUCCGAAGCAACCAAAGAAGCAGUAUGGCUCAAAGUGCUUUUGGGGGAACUUGGUGAGAUGACAAGCGACGAAGCGAUCAAGAUGUAUGAAGACAACCAAGGAUCAAUCGCUCUCGCCAAGAACCCGGAGUUCCAUAAGAGAACAAAACACAUCGACAUACGCUACCAUUUUGUGCGUGAGAAGGUGGAAUCAGGUGAAGUCGUUUUGGAGUAUUGCCCGACUCAAGAUAUGCUGGCAGACAUGAUGACCAAGCCGAUCGCCGCUGUACAAUUUGAAAACAUUCGCGAUCGACUUGGAAUCCAAGGUGCCGCAGCUAACGAGUCGAGAGGGAGUGUUGAAAAGACAGCGGCUGUGAAGAAGACACCUCGUCAAGCUGCGUCAAGUGUUGAAGCAAGUGGAAGACCAAGCUUCGCUAUACCGGUGGGUACCGGUAUGUACCAGUAA